CCGGCGCCGCAGCCUCCUCACAACGCACGUAGCCUCCGCGCCGCACGGUCCCGCGACACGUUAUCACGCGCACCGCCGCGAGUCCAUGUGAGCGACCGACGGUUCUCUCGUUGUGUACGGUGAACGAAGGAUCGGCAAGCUGUACGCGCCGCAGGAAGACGACAUGUUGACGAUGGAGACGGAUCUCAAGGGCGGCAGCCUGCACGCCACCGUGCCGCCGCACCACGCUCUGCAGCACGGCUACGGCUCGCUGGGCGCGCUGGGCGGCAUGAUGGCGCUCCCGCAGCAGCAGCCGCUGGCUCAGCACCAGCCGCUGCAGCACCAACAUCACCAGCCGCUGCCGCAGCACCACCAGCCCCAGCCACAACACCAUCAACCACCCAACAAUAACAACAACAACACCAGUAAAAACUCCAACGCCGAGCGCGUCAAGCGCCCGAUGAACGCGUUCAUGGUGUGGUCGCGCGGGCAGCGCAGGAAGAUGGCAUCGGAUAACCCAAAAAUGCACAACUCGGAAAUAUCAAAACGUCUUGGUGCACAGUGGAAAGACCUCUCUGAAUCAGAGAAGCGACCGUUCAUCGACGAAGCGAAGAGACUUCGCGCAGUUCACAUGAAGGAACACCCGGAUUACAAAUAUAGACCGAGGAGGAAGACGAAGACGCUUGCUAAGAAGCAAGAGAAGUACCCGCUUGGAGGAGGAGCGCUGCUAGGAGGAGGCGAAGCGCAGCGGAGCUCGGCCCCCGCCGCUCAGCAGCCGCGGGAUGUGUACCAGAUGACACCGAAUGGAUACAUGCCCAACGGGUACAUGAUGCACGACCCCAGUGCCUACCAGCAGCAGGCGUACGGCUAUCCGCGCUAUGAUGUGUCGCAGAUGCAGCAGAGUGGCUACGGGCAAUACUACGGUGGCGGACAAGGCUCGCCAUACCUGCCGCAGCCGCCGUCGCCCUCGGCCUACGGGCUGGGGCCGGGCUCGCCGGGCGGCUACGCGCUGCCUCCGUCGUGCGCCUCGCACUCGCCCAGCGGCUCGUCCGCCAAGUCGGAGCCGGUGUCGCCGGGCCCGCCGGGCAUGAAGCGCGAGUUCGCGCACGAGCCGCCGCCGCAGAUGAAGCGCGAGUUCGUGUCGCAUGCGCACGCACACGAGCAGCUGGGCAUGAAGCGCGAGUACGGCCAGCAGGAGCUCAGCCAGAUCAUCAACAUGUACCACGUGCCGGAUGAGCAGCGGUACGCGGCGGCCAACGAGCGCGCCAUGCCGCUCAUCUGAGAAUCGCCCUUCGCGUGCGACAUCGACAUCCCGCCGCUAUGAGCUGCGGGCCCGCGCCGCGCGCCAUAUCUCAGUGACUUUGUUGCGAACCGGGAUUCGCGUUAGGACAGUGAUCGUUAAAUCCCGGCCGUACAUACUUCUAGGUAUGUCCAUUUAUUUGUUUUGUAAUGUACCGACAUGUUAGUGUUGCGGACUGUUGACUAGCGAGCCGCCGGCUCCGGCGCGAGCCGACGGCGGAACGUUCAAUUAAUUAAUGUUGUUGAUGAAUUCUUGUAUUAUAUUAUGAUUAUUGUAUUUUUUCAUGGUUUAAGUUAAAAUAUUUUAAGUCGUGUCGUGCGGAUGGACGCGAGGGUUCCGACUGUGGUUCGCGUGAGAGACGAUGUAGUGAACGAGGUAAUUUGAAUACCAAAAAAAUUUGAACAAUUUGUAAAUAUAGUGUUAAUGGCUAGAGUUGAAGUUGGAGUUAGUCGGUAAAGUAGGUAGAUAGCGAUAAGUCGUGCCACGACGCCACACUCGUACGCCCGACGUGCGUUGUACAAAAUAUUUGUUAUAUGGAAUCGAAAGUUAUAAAGCCUCGAAAGACUAAAAUAUUGUAAUACGAAAAUGUACAGUGAGUGUUAUAUAGUCAGUGGACACAAAAGUAUAUUGAAGAAAAGAUGAAGUUAUCAAUAAACGACGCGUUAAAUUGUA